GAGACGGUCACCACAUCUCCCCCUACACAAAUUCACGUCAAGUGCAGUGCCUUGCUCAAGGGUUAAGGUGUGUUCACUUUGGUCCUCAGUGAAGAUGAGGAAUGGGACAUUCUUGACCAGAUAUUCUGACUGACGGACUGACUGACAGAAAGGCUUGCUGACUGACUGAAAGAGAGAAAUUGAAAGACUAACCAACAGACUAUCACUUCUGUAAAAGUGGAAAGAUUUAUAUAUAUUUUUGAAAUACUGAGAGAUAUUUCUUUCUGGUUUUCUCUCUCCAGCUCAAUUCACAGAUAUUCUCAAAAUAUUUCUGUCCAUCUCUAUCCCUCAAUAUCUCAUUCUAUUUCCCUCUCCCUACAUCUUUAUCUCUUUACAUAAUAUGACAAUUACUUAGCUGGCGCUCUUGUCCAAAGCGACUUGCAGUGUGUGAGCAACACAAAUGUCAGAGAGGCAUGUUUCCACAGAUUCCCUCGAGCCAACCAUAAAGACAGAGAUGGUGUAAAUGCUGUGUAUGUAACUCUCUCUCUCUCUCUCUCUCUCUCUCUCUCUCUCUCUCUCUCUCUCUCUCUCUCUCUCUCUCUCUCUCUCUCUCCUCUCUUUUUUGCUUGUACUAUUUUCUCUCUCAACCAUGUUCUUCUUUACAUCUACAUCCUCUGCAUCCCACCUGCUACACACACACACACACACACACACACGCAUGCGCGGUCGCACGCACACACACACACACACACACACACACACACACACACACACACACACAUGCGCGGUCGCACGCACACACACACACACACACACACACACACACACACACACACACACACACACACACACACACACACACACACACACACACACACACACACACACACACACACACACACACACACACACACACAGUUCCUUACCCUGCUCUAGCAGCCAGUUCUGCAGAAGGCUUUACUUCCAACAUAAUUCAGCUCAUUGUGCCCCCAAGGCCCUCCCUCCCCCCACCUCCCCCCGGGAAACAAAGACAUUUAGGACCCAGUCCCUAGUGGGGCAGGUGUUCCCUACCACCUCCUCGUGUGUGUGUGUGUGCGUGUGUGUGUGUGUGUGUGUGCGUGUGUGUGUGUGUGUGUGUGUGUGUGUGUGUGUGUGUGUGUGUGUGUGUGUGUGUGUGUGUGUGUGUGUGUGUGUGUGUGUGUGUGUGUGUCUGCGUGUGCACACAGCAGGGGCUGGGCUUUGUGUUACAUCUCAACCAUUGUCAACCUACCGACCCCCCUCCCCCCCAUAUUGGCUCGAAGCACCCAUGGUGUGUGUGUGUGCGUGCGUGCGUGCGUGCGUGCGUGCGUGCGUGCGUGCGUGCGUGCGUGCGUGCGUGCGUGCGUGCGUGCGUGCGUGCGUGCGUGCGUGCGUGUGUGUGCACGUGUGUGUGCGCGCACGUGUGUGUGUGUGUGUGUGUGUGUGUGUGUGUGUGUGUGUGUGUGUGUGUGUGUGUGUGUGUGUGUGUGUGUGUGUGAGUGAGUGAGUGAGAGGGAUCCCCAAAGGCUUUGGAGAAGUGAGAGAGUGAGCUUGCGCGUCACAUGGUGAGGUCACUGCGCUCCUAUUGGUCAGCGGGCCUACGCUGGGGAGCUGGUCGGGGGCCUCUCAUUCCAGAAGUCCACUUGUAAGGCUGACAGACCCAGGACACAGACCUCCACCAACCCAGCCAGGAGCCCUUCUGCACCCAGGACAUAGGACCUCCUCCCUGGCCUGCUUGAACCCCCCCCCCCCAUCCUCCAGAGCCCUGGAUUACCAGCCCCUUUGGAUUCCUAGCGGGACGCGUUGGCUCAGACUGGAGGUUCGGGGUGUUCUCUGGGUGGUUUGAUCAGAGGUUCUGGUGAACGACGCAGUGAGGCCGCGACUCCCGGAGGUCCUGAAGAAGUCUAGCUGCCUCCUCCCUCAAGCAUCUUGGUAGGAAGCCCUGGUAGGAGUGGCCACAGUAGCUGUACAUUCUCAGACCCGGGAGCGAGGGUGGUCCAGGUUAGUGAGGGAGAGGCGGAGCGCCAGACUGGAUGCGUGAGGCGGAUUCAUGGGCCUGAAGAACCAUCUGGACGAUGGGACAGGCUGCACGCUCUCCCUGGGGCUGGAUUUGGACUACCUCCAUGUGGAGAGCACCGAGCGCCAGGCUAGCCUGAGCACCGGAGCAGGCUCCGGGCAGCACGAGGUCUCGCGGGCUGGGGAGGAGGCUGUGAAGCUGGGAGCCGACAGCCGGGACCCCAGGAGCAGCAGUGACAGCGACAGCGGCAACAGCAGCUACGGCGGCAGUAGUACUGCCAGCAGUACUAGUUUAAUCAGUGACGGCAGCAGUAGUAACUGUAGUAACUGGUCUGAGGAGAGCGCUGUCUCAGACAGUGAGGAUGAGCAGGCCCACAAUGGGCCUGGUCCCGAAUUCCCCAAGCUUCCGAACCCUGACCCGGACCCCGGACCUUGCACAGCCAAGAGCCCUGAGCAAUACCAAGACCGCGGGCCAACCCAGGCCCAUAAACAGUUUCUGGACUCUGUGCCAACUGAGAUCCCUCCCCCUGCAGACCCAGGCCUGGCCCAGCGCUCCAAGGUGGACUUUGCUCUGAAGCUGGGCUACUCUGAGGACCUGGUUCUGCAGGUGCUCGGGAAACUUGGUCCCCAGGCACUCAUCAACGAUAUCCUAGGAGAGCUGGUCAAACUCGGGCCCCAGAUCGACAUGGAGCCUGCAUCGGCUGCAGGCUCCUCAGGUUCCCUGUUCUCCUCGCCCUCGCCCUUCUCCUCUACCUCCUCCCUGGACUCCUUCAGGACCUCCUGCUCCUUCCAGCAGCCGGACGACAAGGAGAACCUCCGCCCUGUGGUCUUGGAUGGGAGUAACGUAGCCAUGAGUCAUGGAAACAAGGAGGUGUUCUCCUGCCAGGGUAUCCAGCUAGCUGUUGAUUGGUUCCUGGAACGAGGUCAUCGUGACAUCACAGUAUUUGUACCGGCCUGGCGCAAGGAGCAGUCACGGCCCGACGCCCCGAUCACAGACCAGGAGAUCCUGCGUCGCCUGGAGAAGGAGAAGAUAUUGGUCUUCACGCCUUCACGUCGUGUGCAGGGCCGGCGAGUGGUCUGCUACGAUGACCGCUUCAUCGUCAAGCUGGCUUACGAGUCAGAGGGCAUUAUCGUCUCCAACGACAACUACCGCGACCUGGCCAACGAGAAACCGGAGUGGAAGAGGUUUAUCGACGAGCGGCUGUUGAUGUACUCCUUCGUCAACGACAAAUUCAUGCCUCCCGAUGACCCGUUGGGACGCCAUGGGCCCAGUCUGGACAACUUCCUGCGAAAGAGGCCCGUCCUCCCCGACCACAGGCAACAGCCAUGUCCCUAUGGAAAGAAAUGUACUUACGGCCAUAAGUGUAAGUUCUACCACCCGGAACGGGGCAGCCUGCCUCAGAGAGCGGUGGCCGACGAGCUACGUGCCAGCGCCAAGAGUUCCUCCUCAGCCUCCAAGAACACCACGGGCACACCUCCAAGCCUCCCCAGCAGCCAAAGAGAAGCCGUCUCGGACACGGUGCCUUCCAGAGAACCUCCAAAGAAACUGUCAGAUCCCAGAAGCCUCUCCCUGAGCGACCUCUUGGACGAGCAGCUUGGCGUGCGGACCAAAGUGGACAGCCGGCGGGGCAGCAGCAGCAGCAGCACCUGCAGCGGAAGUAGCCUCCUGGGGCUUCCUGCUCCGGGGGGCCCUCCUUCGUAUGUUAGCCAGGACAGGUGGGACCACCCCGGGAGAGGAGGUGGUGGAAGCUCCAGAGCUGUGGGAGCCUCGGGUCCGAGCCACUUCAGAACGUACCCCAGGUGCGAGUCCCCAGAGCCGGCCUACAGCUCCCUGGGGAGGGCCUACUCCAGCCUGAGUGUGGCGGUACCAAAGACCCCCGAACGGCACUCCCCGGCCGACCUGCGCGCUGGCUCGCUGCCGUCGGAAUGCGGCUGCGAUGGCAAUGUCAGCUCCGACUCUUUCUCGCCGGACCCGGUGUUGGAGGACUGCCUGAAGUGCUCCCAACACCACCACCCCCCCCACCACUACCCGCACCACCACUGCCCCAGGAGGUACGCUCACUUUAGCUGCCGGCCGUCCCCAGAGAAGAACCCGACCAUGGCCUACUCCCUGCCUCAGCCGCUGCGUAGACCGGCCGCUCCUUAUGCCCUGGACGACUCCAACUCGGCUCACCCCUCUUGCUCCCAGCUGCUCUUCAGUCCUCCGUUACCCUAUCGGCCCCCACUCCAGCACCGGGCACUGGGCAGUCAUCUGGGGGGGUUCCCUGGAGAGUACACCCCACCUCCUCCCACGCCACGCCAGACCUCCUCCGUUCACGGCACUCCAAGUCGGGAUGUCCUGCGUUGUCCGUGGCAGGAUAGUCGGCUCCCAGACCACAGCUUGUACGAGGGCCCUCCCACUCUCUCACGAGCAGGGUACCCUGGGAUAAACCGGCUGCCUCCACACCCCCAACACCACCAGCAGCAGGAGCAUCUGGCGAGCUGGAGCCCCCACUACCAGCAGCAGCCCCCCCACCCUCGCUACGAGCAGACUCCCUUCCAUAGUUUCCCGGAGGCCCGAGAGGACGCCUGGGCCUCGCAGUGGGGGAGGUGCACCCACCCGUCUCCUCGCCGUCUCCCACCAGCCCAGCAGAGCCAGACCCUGUCCCCCGGCGUCUCCCUUCACUACGGCCACCAGAGCCCGGCUACGCCCCGCCAGGAGCCCCCCGGUUUGGGGGUCCACUACCAGGACCUGAGGGAGAAGGUGUUUACCAACCUGUGUAACAUCUUCCCCCAGGAGGCGGUGAGGGCGGUGAUGGGGAGGAACCCCCACGUCACCGAUGCUCAGCAGCUAGCCGCGGUUUUACUGAUGGAGAAGACGCAGCAAGGUUACUGAGCACGUGCAGUGGGGACUUGGAGUCGAGGCUUGCUCAUGACCUGGGAUGAUGGGGUUAUGGAAGACUUGCUUUUGCAACGGUUUUGGUUGAUCACAUAGGGGCGAAGGGAAUUAUUUUCCUCUAAACGUUUUCUUUGGUUGACAAAAAUUAAAGUUUAAUAAGAACUGUUCCUGGACUGUUGGCCUGGACGAAGGACCAAGCUUGUCCACCUUCAUGGAGAUGAAACUGCUCUUUCUAUCCCUACCAAAGCAUUUGAAUCUCCAUGUCGUAAAAUAAUACUUACUUAAGAGAUGAAAUCCUUUUUAUUAUUUUGUAAGGGUUCUAAUGCUUAUUGCUACUUCAAGAAAAUAUUGACACGGUUCUGAAAGAAGUAGAUGGUAUCUUUAUUAUAAGAAGUGGGUUUUCACACAAGGGCAUCUCAGAGAUAAUUUUAUUCAAUACAUUUAUUUGUUUAGUCUCCUGGUUCCACGGGUACCAAAUUUUGGACUUCAAGUCUCAUGAGUUUCAUGAGUUUGUCUUGCUAGGCUAGCUGGGUUAGAAAACAUCCCAAUAGGGACUGGUUGCUCUUUAAUUAAUUUAUUACAUUUAAUUUAUUUUCUAUAAUUUAAGAAAAAUGUAUAUUUUUGUGUUCUGGCACUUUUUUUAUCAUAUUUUUUCUCUAGCUUUUUAUCAUUUUUGGCAAUCAUAUCAGGGUGGGAGGAAUGCUCCAUUUUAUUUAAAGAAAUGUGCACCGAGAUAUUUCUCUUCAUGUCUCUUGUUGUUUUUACUUUAUAUUAUGAUUUUGUUUGAUAUUUGUGAUGUGUUUUUAGAUGCCCCGCUGGUGGGUAAUAAAACGGAGGCAGCUUUUAAACAAAACUUCAGUCAGAAUGUUUCCCGUCUGCAUCCAUCUUGGGCUGACCACCCCUACAGCCAUUUUGAAAUCACCUUAAAGUUUAUCCCCAUUAGCAGAUCCCCCGUUUUGAAUUUAUUAAGUACAUCUGAAUUGAAAAAGUACAGGUGAUUGAAAACUAUUAUUUAUUUAAAAAUUAUGUUUAACUUUUGUGUUAAUUUAUUAUUGUCCAUUUGUUCAGUUUGAGACCCUGCAAGGCUCAUUUGUGCUCAUGGUUUAAGCUUUUUGCUGAAUGGUUUGGGAUUCUAAUCCCUGUUCCAAGAUUCUGGGUUUGAUCCCCAUUUAUGUCCCAAAGUCUGGUGUAUUAUCUUUAUCAUACACCGUCCUUUGAGUCACAUAGACCCGCAGAUCUUUGGCUCAAAAAUCCCAAAUGUCCUCAGACCACCUGCCGUCUUAACUCGCUAUCCCCUACCUGCUUCUUAAUGACCUGUCUCUGUAUUCACUGUCUAACCCCUACCUGCUCCUUAAUGACCUGUCACUGUAUUCACUGUCUUACCCCUACCUGAUCCUAAAUUACCUUGUCUCUGUAUCCAUCGUCUAACCCCUACCUGAUCCUAAAUUACCUUGUCUCUGUAUCCAUUGUCUAACCCCUACCUGAUCCUAAAUUACCUGUCGCUAUGGUCCAACCCCUGCCCCCUCCCUGCCUGCUAUUGACCUAGUGUCUGUAUCCACUGUAUAACCCAUACCUGCUCCUUAACGAUCUGUCUCUGUACGUUGUAACCCAUAACUGCUCUUUAAUGAUCUGUCUCUGUACUGUCUAACCCCUACAUAUUCCUUAAUGAUCUGCCUCUACUGUCUAACCCCAGGUUGAGAUAGGGUGCCCUCUCUCGUACCUCUGUACCUCCGGCUCCUCAGUAUUUGGACCAACCCAAGCAAGCGAUGGAAGCCUUAUGUUGUUGAUACAAAUUGUAUCCUUAUAACUUAAAUCCAGAUCAUUGAUUUAUCAGAGUAUUUAUGCAACUAAAUAUUUUUUUAAAUAUGUUGAAAACUGUUGGACAUGGGUGGGGGGAGGGGGUAUUGGGUGGUAUUUGGAAUAUAAUUUUUUUUAUAGCAAUUUUUUAUAAUAUUUGAGAGACUCAUCAGUGUUUUUCUCCAUUGAAAGGUGAACUAUAAGAGACUCUCACUUGAUGCAAAUCUUCACUGCAUAAACAAGGUGAUGGUGCAGUUUAUCAAUUUGAACACGAUCUUCCUGGUUUUGAUUUUUUUUUUAAAAAGGAUGAAAGAAAUCCACCGUCAUCAACCAUAGGCAGUUUGACCAGAUGUUCUGAUCAUUUUGUUUCCUGUGGUUAUAUGUUUGAUACUGGUCACACAACCCAUUCUCUCAGGCAAGAAAAAUCGAAUGUGAUGAUUCUUAUGAAAAAUAUUUUAAUAAGCAGGUAAUGCUCCUGUUCGGACUGUAGUCAUGUUUCAGACUGUAGCCCUAUUUACAACGUAGUCCUGUUUUAGACUGUAAACCUGUUUCAGACUGUAGUCCUGUUUCAGACUGUAGCCCUAUUUACAACAUAGUCCUGUUUUAGACUGUAAACCUGCUCAGACUGUGGUCCUGUUUCAGACUCUUAUUCUGAUCAGACUGUAGUCAUCUUCCAGACUCUUAUUCAGUUCAGACAUUAACAGUGUUCAGACUGUAGUCCUGUUCCAGACUGUAAUUCAGUUCAGAGGGAAAUAGUAUUCAAAUUGUAGUCUUGUUUCAGACGUUAACAGUGUUCAGACUGUAAUUCUGUUGAGACGGUAAUAUUGUCCGGAUUCCAUCUUGUUUCAGAUGGUAAUUCAGUUCAGACUUUAAUAGUGUCCAGGCAUGCUUUGCCAUGUGUGGUCAUAGUAUGAACUGUGUUAAAAAAAAAGAGGAACGAUUUUUUCUAACAUUUGCAACUUUCUUAAAGAGCUAUUUUUUCAUUCAAUGCCAACCUUAUCGGCAAGAUGAACGAUUAUAUUUAAAAUAAAAACAGCUCUCAAGGGCUUUUAUUUUGGUGGAAAAAGGGAUAAUUAUGUUUUGCUUUAUUUAUUAAGUACUGCAUUAGUAAUUUGUGGAUCAAUGCAGUCGUAGGUGUUUUUUUCUCCUGGUGCUCGAUAUAUAGCCAUUUUAAACCCUAUAAUUUUACAGACCAAUGUGCUUUAAUUGUAACUUAAUGUUGUCCAGAAGCCAUGUUAUCUGCUGCUGAAUUUGAUUGGAUGUUAGAUGAGGGUGAAGACACAGAGACGUGCCAAGGGUUGCUCUAUAAGGCCUUCCUCAGGUUCCCUUCACUGUGAAACUUAACAGCCUUUCCUACUGAUUAUUCCUUGAUGUACUGCUUUCCCCUAUUUCCAUGCAUUCUUUACCCAAAAUUAAACUUGAAUGGAUCAAUGCUUGCGAUAUAAGUGGCCGAAAGUAAAUGUAGUUGUAACUGUAGUUUUAGUAAACCAAAUGGACACACAGAGGCAGAACAGCUGGUUUGAAAUGGCUGAUACUUUAAUGUGUAGAAAAAUGUAUUUCGCUGAGCUUUAGGCAAUUAAUCCAAAUAAAUGUAAAGAAUCCAUUCAGAGUGGAGCCAAACAAGACCUGUCAACCCCUCUCCUAUGUUCUAAUAAAAUACAAAAAUACAAACCUG